AUGGAUAUUUUUAAAAGAUUGCAAAUAAGUGUUCCAUUUUCCGAAGCCUUGGAGAAAAUGCCAAUGUAUGCUACAUUUAUCGAAGAUGUUAUCACAAAGAAUAGGAGAUUUGAAAAUCAAGAGAUUGUAACUGUGAACUCGUGUUGUAGUGCAAUAAUUCAAAGAACUCUACCAAAGAAAGAAAGCGAUCCGAGAAAAGUUACUCUAUCGGUGACCAUUGGAAGUGUCUAUGUCGGUAAAGGGUUAAUUGAUUUGGGUUCUAGCAUUAAUUUGGUACCAUUAUCUCUUGUGAAAAGAUUGGGAAAUCUAGAGUUGAAAUUUACAAGGAUGACUUUGCAAUUGGCCGACAAGUCCACCACUCAUCCUAUAGGGAUUGCGGAAGAUUUGUUAGUUAAAGUUGAUAAGUUCUUUUUUCCGGUCGAUUUUGUGGUGAUUGAUAUGGAGGAAGAUUUUGACACACCUCUAAUACUUGGAAGACCUUUCAUGAAGACCGCUCGGAUGAUGAUCGAUAUCGAUGACGGUCUAAUAAAAGUGAGAGUUUUGGAUGAAGAAGUGUGUUUUAAUCUCUUUGAAGCAAUGAAGCAUAAAAAUGAUACAAGUGAUUGCUUUCGAGUGGAUGCGACCGAUGAAGUAAUUAUGCAAGUGAAGAAACAAAGUCAUGCAUCUACUCCUCUAGAGAGAGCUCUCACAAAUGCUCUUCAAAUUCUAAAUGAAGAUUAA